AGCGGUUCAUUUACUUCCCUUAGCAGCUUGUCGUUUCUACCUUGUGUACUUAAAACUGACUUUAGUAGGACAAAUCGUCCCCUUUCACUCCUUUGCUUUUCGACUUUGUUAUAUCCUUUGACCCAGCGACUCCGGUUUUAUUACUUGAUUUAGUUUUGGUUUUUAUUUGUACACUAUGGCAUUAUGACUGAGUCCAAUGACCCCUACAUAUUGAACGAGACCGCUGCUCUUGCCACAACACGAGCCCAACUAGACAGCUCCCGUGAGCUCAAACAGUGGCUUGCCAAAUCAAACUGCAACCACCACUACUCUAAGUUUAUUGAAAAUGGCAUAUCGUUUGAUCUCGUACCAGAAUUGGACUCGAACGCACUUCGCGAAUUGGGAAUCACCAAGUUGGGAGACAGACUCCGUUUGGAACUCGCUAUCAACAACUUAAAGGCUGCCAAACUAGCCAAUUCUAUCAGCGUUGAAGAACUCUACAAAGUAAUGAACCUACAGAUAAACCAGACGAUUCCCGAAUCGGCAAUUCUUAGAAACAACGAAUCGGCUACUAACGGGGACGCUAAUGUCUCAAUGGAACUGAUGACUCUAACUCAUCAGACAGAGAGCACUACCAGCUCAACUAGCAGUGUAGCGGCAGCAAACAAUAAUCAGCUGACCCGAGACUCUACCAAGACAGCCACCUUCAUCUUCCAGGAUGGGGCUACCAAGCGAGUAAAUGUGACGGGAUGCUUCAAUGCCCAGUCCAUAAAGAGAAAGGUUCUCAAAAAAAUGGGCAUAAAGCUGCUAGAAACGGAAUACGACACAUAUAUCCACUCAUCAAGUGCCAACAGCGGCAACAGCAAUAAUAAUACUAAUAAUUUUAAUUAUAAUGGAAGCAAUAUCGAUGCGAAUGAGAGCCCAUCCUUGAAUCUUCUUUUUGAUGUCGAAUUGGUUACCAUCUGCUACUCGCCCGAACGGUUGGAAAAGCACAGAAUAAUACUUUGUCCCAAAAAUGAGUACCCCACAGAUGUGGCUAUCGAAGUGUCCAAGCGUAUAUUGGCAAAAUACGAACGUUACUCUAACAAUAAACUCUUGAGUCUAGAAAAUUUAAGCCAAUACCACAUCCCAGAAAGACGAAAGGAUGCCAAUAAGAGGCCUACGUUACGAAAUUUUUUUGGCCAAAGACCCCCUAGUGAAUUGAUAUCGUCCAAUUUGGCCGAGUAUUUCCCUGAUACCCACCAGAGGGACUUGGAAGCUACGGUUCGCAACUCGGUGCGUUACAGUGUUCGUUUAUCGCGCCGUUUUAAUAUUCCUUCUGGUAUGGGUGCUGGGGGUAGUAGUGGUAGUACCAUGUCUAUUAACAAUACCAGACAGUCUAUUGUCAGUUCCAACACCAUUUCAACUCAUUUGGCUCCUUCUAUAUUGUCCAACGAAGUACCUAGACGAAUGUCAGCAAGAACCAUUGGCGCAGUCAUGGUCAAUAACAUCACGGCUAUAGAUGAAGCUGUAAACUACAGCAAUGCGGAUGCGCAGUCCAUCUUUAGCAAGCCUCCAUCUGUAUAUUCUAGUACCAGUGGAACACAAGAUUCAAAGUCUAUUAUAUCAUCGAACUCUAAUGGCAGAUACUAUGGCCCCAAUUCACAUCACAGAAUUUCCAUUGCUACAAGUUUUUCGGAAUCUGGUGCUAACAAUAACCGGUACUCUCGUAUUGAAUUAGUGAGUGUAGACUCCGACUCUGAUGAUCAGGACGACAUUAUUUCUGAGUACAACGACGAAGACACAUUCAACAGUUUGGGGCACAUCUCGGAAGACGGACCCAAGCACUGGUUGAAAGGUGCCAGAAUCGGUGCAGGUAGCUUUGGCAGUGUAUACCUCGGAAUGAAUCCAUUUUCUGGAGAGUUAAUGGCUGUAAAGCAGAUUCCUUUGCCCUCUAAAAACAACGCAGAGGAAGCGAAGAAGUUGAUGCUGGAGCAGCAGCACGAGUUGACACUUCUCAAGCUGUUGAACCAUGAGAAUAUCGUGCGAUACUACGGGGCCUCUACCGAUGACGAAUAUUUAAACAUCUUUUUAGAGUACGUUCCUGGUGGCUCAGUCCAGACAAUGUUGCAGUCAUAUGGUCCGUUUGAAGAACCAUUGAUUAGAAACUUCAUCAGGCAGGUGUUGAUUGGACUCAGCUACUUACAUGGAGAAGACAUUAUACACAGAGAUAUCAAGGGUGCAAACAUUUUGAUAGACAUUAAAGGUACUGUUAAGAUUGGAGAUUUUGGUAUUUCCAAAAAGGUUAGUAGUUUGGAAGAGGACGAAUCCCACAGUUCUGCUAAGAAGGACGGCAGAAGGGCUUCUCUUCAGGGUUCUGUCUACUGGAUGGCCCCAGAAGUUGUCAAGCAAACUGCAUACACAAAGAAAGCUGACAUCUGGUCUGUCGGAUGCCUUAUUGUGGAGAUGUUUACGGGGAAGCAUCCAUUUCCGGAAUUUAGUCAGAUGCAAGCUAUUUUCAAGAUCGGAACCCAUACUACUCCGCUGAUUCCUGAAUGGUGUACAAUGGAAGCAAAGGAUUUCCUUGAUAAGGCGUUUGAGCUUGACUACAAUAACCGUCCUGAUGCUAUCCAGCUUCUUAGUAAUCUGUUCUUGAAUCCGUUAAUCAUGUCCAAGAGAUAG